AUGAGCAUGUCGGCCAAGAAGAUCCCCGGGUAUGCACAAUGCACAACUUCUUCCCAGGCCAGAGCCAGCGAUACCGCAUCUGCACGCAAGACCAGGCGUGCAGUCGAACCCACCGACAGGAAGGAUAAUGCUUUGUCCGACGGAGAGCCUCAUACAGACUCGAACGCCUCCAUGCUGUCUGAUUUUUCUUCAGAGGAUGAAUCAAGAGUUUCGACGGUAACUCCCUCACCAUCGCCAUCUUCCGAUAGGGAGCAUCAAAAUCAUCUGGAGGUCUCUGAGCUUGCUGAUCUGUCUUUCAGCGAAACUGUGGUGGAUUCUUCACCGUCGUCAUCGCCAACGCCACCACUGUCGCUCGAUGAUGGAAUUCAAGACGAGCUGGAGACCUCCAAGCUGAUAUAUCUGUCUGACGAAGACGCAGCAAGAAUCAAGGCGCUCAUCGAGAGAUAUGAGGGCCUUCUGGGAGAACCGGUGUCGACCGCGCUCGAGCAGGGAGCUCCAACACCUUGUUGUAUACCUCCAGGCGGCGUCAUCUGCACUCCUUCAGAAUGCUCUGAGAACCUCCAGGCAUGCACACCAAUGAAGAUGAACCCAGACGUCGACAUCACGUUCGAGAAUCGUGAAGGGCUGCAAACUACCUAUCCAGUGUAUACAUGUCAUCACACUGAGGACACAGACAUGAUCGUACUGUCGCAAACGGUUUUGGCGGAGCUUCACAAGGUCACAAACCAGCCGACUGACUCCAAGGCUACAUAUGAGCAGGAGAUUGGGAAACUCAAAGAAUUACUUGACAACGCGGAUCCAAAACAGGAUGCCGCUGUGCAGGGAAAGGAAGACGCUCGAGAACCUGAGAGCGUUGCAUUGGAGGCACUCAAAGUCGCGCAAGAGGAAAACGAAGAGAUUGAGAAUGUGGCCGAGACGCUGAGGCAGCAGCUGAGUGCGUCAGAAUGCCAAAAUUUGACAUUGGAGAGCGAAAACGAGUCUUUGAAAAAGCAGUUGAGGGACUUCGCCGAGACGGCAAAAACGGCUAUGAUCGAUCUUGAUACCGCUAGAUCGUUCUUGAAAACGCAUCAACGAGAUAAUGAGAUAGCAGUUGCCAAGAUCAAAGAGCUGGAGGAUAAAAUUGCGGACCUGGAACAGAUGUUGCAGGUAAAGUUGUUUGCCACCGGGAGGAGAAGAAACGGAGAUACGUAUGUGGACAUGUCGUCCGUCGACAUCGAACAAGAACAAGGAAGUGCAGAAGCGGAUUCCGGGUGGGGGCCAGCAAGCAGGUGGAGACUGGGGAAUUGGCGAGCAUGA